AAUUGUUGAUAGGUAAGAAGUAAAAAACAAACGCUUUAACGAAUUACAUUUGUAUUUCUAAGCUAGGCUUCAUGUUUACAAACGGAUUUUCUAUGCAUGUUAAUAACGAAAUCAUGUUGGUUUUAUUUCAUUAGGUUUCAUACGAGUAUAAUAAACAAAGAGUAGUAACUGACAUUUGGAAUGAUGUCAUAGGAGUGACGUCAGCGGUCAGCUGCGAGACAAGCUUGGUUAUGGAUUAGAUCUGACUGUCACCAUGAGGGUUUGAUGAGAAAGGGAAGUCAUGAUGUAAUCUAAAUAUAGGAUCUGCUUGCUACUAGUGGAGUACAUGUCGAGGCUGGGUGGAGAGCAGAAGCAGGAGGGGGAGAAGGAGGGAGGAAGAGAUGCAUUGUGUUUAGAAGAAGAGCAGCGGCACACUCCUCGCUCCACAUACCUAGGAUUAAAUUUAAAACCAUGUGGCAGCACCUCAGAGAUGAGUCCUUCCCCUUCUGGCCUACUGUCUCUGCCAUGGGAGAUGGUUGCACGCAUAGCCUCUCACCUGCCCGCUCGGUGUGUUAUCAGCGUCCUGCCACAGGUGUGCAGGGCGUUGGGACAGGUGGGUAAGGACACGCUAGCCUGGCAGCUCCGUGCUCAGAGACUUACAGGUCCCCAAAGUUCAUUCCCAGUUGGGCAGAGGAAUGAUUUCGAUUGGCCCAAAGCGUGCCUUGAGAUGGAACAGUUGAUCGAAUGUUGGGCACGUCAAAAAGACAAAGCAGAACAGGAUGAAGCUGUUGAAGCAGGACAAGAAGGAGAAGCAGUAGCGAAUGGAGAACAGGAUGCAGCAGACGCAGAGAGACAGUCUGUCCCUGUUGUGGAGGAAAUCAGGCCAGAAGAUGAAGAGGGACCUGAAAGACAUGGAGAAGAAGAAGAGCAGGAAAAUAAUGUAGUAAUCAUCAGAGAAGAGGGAAGAGAGAAUGCCGCCGAUGAGAAUGAACACCAUGAAGAACGGAUUGAGGACGAACACCUGGAGCAAGAAGACAGAGGAUUGAAUGUAAAGACAUACUCGACACCUGCCCUGGAGCACAUCACGCUCUCUUCAGGCCACAUUGCCGAUGUUAAUACAGUCCUGCUGGUUGGAGGUGAAGGAUCCAUAUGUGUCUCUGGGUCUAGAGACCGUAACGUGAACCUGUGGGAUGUGAGAAGGGGCUCGAGUGGGAAGCUGCUGGGCACACUGGGAGCUCACAGCCGCUACAACAGCACGCACCAGGGCUGGGUGUGGUGUCUGGCAGCCAGUGGCGAUCUCCUGGCCUCUGGCUCUUUUGACAGCACGGUGAAACUGUGGGACCUGAACGCCGGAGGGGCGGAGCGGGGAAAGAUACAAAGCCGUGCUGCUGUGCUCUCGCUCUCCUGUCAGGAUCACAUGCUGUUUUCUGGCUCUUAUGACCAGAAAGUCAGUGUUUAUGACACCAGAGCCGCAGAGCCACUGGUCCAAAGCCUUCGACUGCAUAAUGACAUCGUGCUGUGUCUAGCCUCUGAUGAGCAGUACAUUUUGUCUGGCAGCAAAGAUAACACAGUGGCUGUGUUUGACCGCAGAGCUGGAAAACCACUGAAAAAAAUACUUCUGAAGUCCUACAUGUUGUCCAUGUCGUACAGCGGGCAUGAGGUGUGGGCCGGGGAUAACCGUGGACUCCUUCACACCUUCUCCAUAAAUGAAGGCUCAUUAAAGUCAGUAGCCCAGUUUAAUGUAGGCCACAGCUCACUGGUGACGGGGGUCCAUUACUCACCUGGAACUCUCUACACCUGCUCCUCUGAUCGCACAAUCAAGGUUCACCUUCCAUGUGCGCCCCCGAAGACUCUGUGCACGCUUCACAAUAACUCAACAGCGACUGGGCUAAGUGUUGAGGCAGGGGUGCUGGCUGUAGCCUCUAGUGAUAUGAAUGUGGAAGUGUGGAGGCCCAGACAGUGAUAAUUCUCCAGUACAAUGCUGCAGCGACAUCGGAAGACGCACUGCAAUUUUCCAUUACAUGUGCAUUCUUACAAAAUGUGUGUGUGUUCUGGGGUUUUGACAUUGCAAAAAAAAAAAAAAAUCAGUAACGGGAGUGGGUGGACCACUGUGGAUGUCUUGAAGUUGAUUACGUUCUGAUUACGCACAUCAUUAAGGUUUUUAUUUCCAAGCAAUUUGCCGAUGUUAAUGGUUUUUAUUUAAUAAAGAUUAAUCACUGUAUCUUUUAUACAUUUGAUAUUGUGCAAUGUCUAAGAACCAAGUUCUUAUGAUUUUCUUAUGUUUUAGCAGCUGCUAACAGUGCAAUACAACUUAUACAACUGACUAAGAGAACUCUAGUGAUUGCCUUAAUACCUGCUAAAUAAUUUGUCACAUCAACAGUUAUAGUUUUUUGUUCCAUUUGCUGAUUAUUAGACUUUUGGAUCUUUAUUUGAUUUGGUUCCUCUGCCAUGCAAGUAUGAAUGCAUUACUCAAUGUGCAUGUUGUAUUAGAGUAAGAACAUUUAUAUAAGCCUGUGAUUUAAACUGCAUCCUGCAAUAUUCCCAGAGCUCCUGAUAAAGGAACUAAAGCAAAACUUUCUGCCUGAUCUGAUUAUAAAACUUUACAAUACAAUGCCUGUAACAUCAAACUUUAUAAGUAUACAUGUACUAUAACAUACUUGACAUUUCCAAAAUGCCCCAGUGUAUGAAUGAGUGUGGCCCAUAGAUGUAUUUGCACCCCAGGCCAUUUUAGAAAUGCCAAGUAGCCUAAUCUGCAUGUUUUGGGACUGUGGGAGGAAACUGGAGAACCCAGAGGAAACCCACCAGGCACAGGGGAACAUGCACACAGAUCUGAGGCGGGAAUUAUACCCAGACCCUGGUACAAGGUGACAGUGAUAACAACCAAUUACAUCAUGCAUGAUUUCAUUUGUGGUGCAUCGGUUCCAUCAGGAAACCACUGCCAUUCAUCCUGCGAUUAGACCAACUGGACCUCUUCACAUUCUCUGUACAGUAAUAAUUAUUCAUCAGUAAAUAUUAAAAUAUGAAUUAUUGAAAUGAAGUAACUUUUUUCUUUCAGCAUUUCAUCUCAGAUCAGCAGGUAUUCUUUAGUCUCUGUUAUAUACUCAUGUUCUUGUCCACAGUAGUUUUUUCUACUGACACCUUAAACGUUGCUAUGUUUUAUGUGUAUUUUUUAAAAUAUA